AUGACUCUCAAGAACGACGCUUUCCCCUCCUCCGCCGCGUUCGAUGUGAUCAACUCCGCUCUACAGUCGGAUGCUGCCGAGCGUAAAGACGCCAUCAACAAGGCCAAAGCCGUGGUCUCCUUCACCCUCAAAAACUCCGCCGGUGAAGAGGAGAGCUGGUACCUAGAUCUGAAGGACAAGGGGGUCGUGGGACAGGGAGCCUCUCCCCCGGGUGGCAAACCGGACGUCACCCUCACGCUUUCCGAUGAGGACUUCAGCUCCCUCGUUAGCGGCAAGGCCAACGCUCAGCGCUUGUUCAUGGGCGGUAAGCUCAAGAUUAAAGGCAACAUCAUGAAGGCGACCAAGAUGGAGCCUGUUCUGAAGAAGGCCCAGAGCAAGGCCAAGCUAUAGAUACCCCUUGUUGAAUUUCUGGAUCAGUUCUUGAUUCUACCCGCGAUCUCUUGCCCUUUCUUGUAUAG